AUGGCCGCCGGAGGAAAGAAGUCGACGAAGAAAUUUAACACAAAACAUCUCAAGGACACUCUUGAGCGCCGAAAGGAAUUUGCCAAGAUUAAGCAACGCCAUGUGUUGAAAGACAAGCGCAAGGAAAAGAGUGCCAGCCGCCGCGAAGCCGAAGAAGCUGCCAACCAGCCGGACCCCGAGCAGGUGAAGAAGCAAAAUGCUUUCGCCGAGAUGAACGUGGACGAUUUCUUUGCAGGUGGCUUCGAUAUUGCCGACCCAACAAGCGACAAGAAGAAGAAGAAGGCCAGCAAGAAGGACGUUACCCCCAAGAUUGGCAAGCGCAAGCGCUCGACAGACCAGGCACAAGAUGAGGAGGCGUCCGGUUCGGAGGCUAGCGAGGAUGGCUCUGCACACAGUGAUGAUGAAGAGGCCAAUGAAUUUGAUGAGCACAAGGACCAGCUUCAGUCAUUGAAGGAGAAGGACCCCGAAUUCUACAAGUACCUUAAGGAGAACGAUGCAGAGCUGCUGGACUUCGGUGACCAGGGGGAUAUGGCCGAGAUCGACGAAUUGAGCGAGAGCGAAGCCGCGGAGGAAGAGGGCCCUGCGAAGAAGAAGAAGAAGUCCAAGAAGCAGGACGAGGAAGAGGAGGAGGAGAAGGUUGUCGACAACACCUUGACCAUCCCUAUGGUGAAGAAGUGGCAGAAAUUGAUGGAGGAGCAAUUCUCGGUCCGCGCCAUGCGCCAGACUGUUUUGGCAUUCCGCGCGGCAGCCACUGUCAACGACCCCGAGGCCGGCGACCAGAAGUACACCAUUUCCGAUCCCAAUGUCUACCACCAGGUGCUGGUGACUGCUCUGAACACCGUCCCUAAGACACUUGCACACCACCUUCCCGUCAAGGAGGCCGCCGGUGGAAAGGUCAAGGUUUCCCUCGAUUCGAAGAAGUUCAAGACCCUUACACCAUUGAUCAAAUCCCACACUUCCUCGGUCCACCAGCUUCUGAUGAACCUGACAGAUGCUCAGACUCUCAAGUUGACCAUCUCUUCUAUGGAGCCCAUGCUUCCCUACCUUCUCCAGUUCCGCAAGGUCCUGAAGACUCUUAUCAAGACUGUUGUCAGUAUUUGGUCUGAUGUCUCCACCGCUGAUGCUACCCGGAUCACCGCAUUCCUCUUGCUGCGCCGUCUGAUGACCAUGGGUGACCCCGGUAUCAAGGAGGCCGUCCUCAAGGCUACAUACGAGGGUGUGGUUAAGGGAAGUCGUAACACCACCGUCCACACUAUUGCUGGUGUGAACCUGAUGAAGAACUCGGCUGCUGAGAUCUGGGGCAUCGACCAGAACGUCUCCUAUACUACUGGCUUCACCUUCAUCCGCCAAUUGGCUAUGCACCUUCGCAACAGCACUCGUCACACCUCCAAGGAGUCCUACAAAACCAUCUACAAUUGGCAAUACGUCCACUCGCUCGACUUCUGGUCCCGUGUGCUCUCACAACACUGUGACGGGCUCGUUGAGGCCCAGGCAGGCAAGCAGUCCGCUUUGCGGCCACUCAUCUAUCCCGUUGUCCAGAUUACCUUGGGUGCCAUGCGCCUUAUCCCCACUGCGCAGUACUUCCCGCUCCGCUUCCAGAUGGCCCGCGCCUUGCUUCGUAUUUCCCGCGCCACAGGAACUUACAUCCCGCUCGCCUCAUCCUUGUUGGAAGUUCUUACCUCUGCCGAGAUGCGCAAGUCCCCCAGAGCCGGCACUCUUAAGCCUCUCGACUUCAACACUGCCAUCCGUGCUCCUAAAUCCUACCUCAGAUCUCGUGUCUACCAGGAUGGUGUCGGUGAGCAGGUCGCUGAGCUCCUCUCCGAGUUCUUUGUCCUCUGGUCUAAGCACAUCGCCUUCCCUGAACUUUCGGUUCCGGUUGUUGUCUCCCUUAAGCGCUGGCUGAAGCAGGUCUCUGCCCGCAAUGGCGGCAACAAGAACGCCAAGAUCAAUCAGAUGAUUCUUCUGCUCGUGCAAAAGGUCGAGGCUAAUGCUCGCUGGAUUGAGGAGCGCCGUUUGAACGUUUCCUUCACUCCUCGCAACCGCACGGAGGUUGAGAACUUCCUGAAGGAUGUUGACUGGGAGACCACACCUCUUGGUGCAUUCGUGAAGACUCAGCGCAAGUUGAGAGAAGAGCGCGCUGCUAUUCUUGAGGAGGGUCGCAUCGAGGAGGAGAAGCGCCGCGCUGAAGCUAAGAAAAACGAUGUUGAUGAGACCAUGGGUGAUUUCGGCAGUGACGAGGGAAGUGAGGAUGAGGAGAUGGAGAGCGAGGACGAGAUUGAAGAGGAAGAAGAGGAGGAGGACGAGGAUGAAGAUGAGAUGGAGAUGGAGGACGAGUAG